AUGUCUUAUUAAAUUUUCUAAGAAAUAUUUGAAAGACUUUGCCAAUUUUAAUAAAAUGUUAAUUCUACCUAAGCUUCUAUUAUUUAAAUAUCUUACUUUUAUACACUUAAACUCUCAUUUAAAAGUAUUAACUUCUGCUUUCAUCAGUAAAUUUAUGUUGAACUUUUUAAAAAAUUUUUCUUAGUGCGUAGCAUUUAGAAAAUAAAAGAACAACUUAGAAUUUUUAUUUCCAAAAGAUAUUAUUCUUAUCAAUUCAAAUUAUUAAUUUUUUUCUACUGUUUGAUAAAUGAUUAAAAACGCCAUCAUUCAAAUAGCAAGGAGCCCUCUUUAGGCUUAAAAACUUAGAUUAGCAUAAUCCUAAAUAGCUUGUUUCUUGACCAACAAUAAUUAUAGCAGGAUUAAUAGUUUAUUCUAAAAAAAUGUGUAUCAUUACAAGCAAUAAUACAAUGUUUUCGGAGAGGAAAUAGAUCAAGUAACAGAUCCAGCAACAGAUGUUCAAGAAACAAUCAAUCAUUUUAUUCAGUAUUACGCUAGAAAAGAUGUCAAUACUCCUAAUGUUCUUGUUUCUGCUUAUUUCAAAUUACAAGGAGCUCGUCUUGGUACUCAUUAAUCUGCACUUAUUAUUCCUUUCUGUUUCUGUUUUUAAUCAGAAUUAGAGUAAAAGAUGUUAAAUUUUAACAAUUUUUGAAACUCACUGAAGAUAUGAUUGUAAAGAGAGAAUUAAAAGGAUCACAUGUAAAAAAUAUUGCCUUUAAAUUACAAUAAAUAGGUGUUUAUACUUCCUCCAUAUGGAAACAUAUUCUUGAAUAUGCUGAUUAAGAUUUCGAUAAAAUAGAUGGAACAACAUAUAUAGAAAUAAUUUAUACUAUUUACGACUCAAAAAGCGAUACUGAGGUAGAAAAAUACAUUCAGAAAAAUGAAUAAAAGAUAAUGAAAGCUAUUCGUAAUUCAUCUAACAAUGUAUUAGCUUUUGUCUAAGGAAUAUAUUUAAUAAGUAGAAUAAGAGAUAUCAGAUAAAGUGAGAAAGAAUAAAUGCAUUAUUUAAUUUAAAACAGAAUUAAUGAUAUUUAUUCAGUAUUUACUUCAAAUUAACUUGCUGAUAUCCUCUAUCUCGUUUAUGAACUGUUUAAUGAUGAGCUUAAAACUGAAUAGAUCAACUCAUUCAUUAAAAAAACAUUAGAUACCUUUAUUGUAAAAGAUCUAGCAGAAUAUGACACUAUGCUCUAAUAAUACGAAUUUGUAGAUAGGAAGAACGAUGAAAUAGGAAUUUUAGACAAUCUUAAAUGGUCUUCAGCAGCCAAAGUUCUCACAGUUGUGUCUGAUGAAGUAUUUUAUGACUAGAACUUGUUUAGAAGAAUUGAAGACUUAACAAUGAGGAAAAGUGAAACAGAUAUUAUAGAUAUUGAUAGUGCAAGUUUAUUGUUAGAAAGUUUGAUAUUAAUAGAAAUAACAGAAGUUUAAGUUCUUUUACGUAUACUCGAAAUGGUUGAUAGAAGAUUAUAAGAAGAAGGCAAUAAGGCUUUUGAAAUUAUCCAUCCUUCUAGCAUUGUACGAAUGAUGACUGUCCUAAAUCAUUUCCUCGAAAUCGAUAUUGGUCUUGAAUUUUGCGAUAGGUUAUAAAACUAUUUUGCAGGUUUAGUAAAAUCAGGUGAUAUAGAUUACAAACUCACUUCAGAAUACCUAAUUGAACUUAAAAUGGCCUUCGAAGACUCAGCAAUAACCCAUAUAAACAAAGAACUAUUUUAGCAUAUAAAUGAGCUAUUACAAAAAAAAUAAAUUGAAGAAAACUAAUAAUAAUGA